GGCCUGAGGCUGCUAGGAAUCCUGGGAGUUGAAGUCCAAACCACCUGGAGGGAAGGCCUAAGUUUGCCCAUGGCUGGUCUAGAGAGUAGGCCUUAAACUACUCCUUUCUACGCCUCUUCCAGGAAGCCGAGCAAAGGCAGCGUGCGGACGCAGGAAGAGGGAUCGUCCCACGUUGCUCCUAGAGGGCAAAGAUGUUCUGGAUUCAGGGCUGGACGCAACAGCUGGCAAAAUGCUCAAGACCACUACGAAGACUGCUGUCUGAAGCAAACAACAAUUUACCUGUGUUAACCUUGUUCACAAAGAAUCCAUGCCCCUUAUGUGAUGAAGCCAAAGCGGUGCUGGAGCCAUACAAACACAAGUUUCUUUUGCAGGAAGUAGACAUAACCCUUCCAGAUCACUCAUCCUGGUUUGAAAAAUAUAAGUAUGACAUACCUGUCUUUCACUUGAAUGGACAAUUUCUGAUGAAGCAUCGAGUGGAUAUCAAAGAACUGGAAAAGCGGUUGUUAGCCCUCGAGUUGCAGCUGAUAAAGAAAAAUGAAGACAUUUAACUGUGGACUGAGAAGGAAUGCAAUAAACAAUCAUGUAUUACUUUCUUAACUAAUAAAAUUAUGAGUUUCUUGAAAUGCAA